AUGAUUUUAAAUACAACAACAGUUAAUGUUGCAUUGGGUCUACCCGGUAUGACCUCCACAUUUAAUGGAUUUCAACUUAUAAGGAUGAGAGUUCUAGCUAUUGUAGCCGCAUCUUCCUCUAUUGUGGCAGGUCUUAUAGGAAUGCAUUAUUUGAUGCUAGCAGAUAGAAGGAAAAGAAUGUUUAGACAUGAAAUGAUUUUAUUCUUAAUCGUAUGUGAUUUUCUUAAAGCUUUGGUCUUAGUCAUAUACCCAGUCGUUAUCCUUAUCGAUGAAUAUCAUUAUUCAAAUCCGGUGUUUUUCAAUAUUUUGGGAUGGUUCACAGCAUUCUCUAUUGAAGGUGCAGAUUUUGCUAUUAUCUUUGUCGCUGUUCAUUUCGGAUUACUAAUAUUCAAACCAAAUUGGAGAUGGAAGAAUACAAGAACAGGAAACUUAGAAGGUGGUCUUUAUAAAUAUAAAUUUAUCAUUUGGCCUGUAACUUUUAUUGUUCCUAGUGUCAUGGCAUCCUUAGUUUUCAUAGAUUACAACAUUAUCAAUUAUGAUAUGGUGACAGAUAAAGUACGGAUCAUCCAGGAUAAUAACAAUUAUGAUUUCAAAUUCGAGCCUAGAAGGGGUGGCUACAAACCAUGGAGUGCUUGGUGUUACUUACCUCCAACACCACUAUGGUACAAAUACGUCUUGUCAUGGGGUUUGAGAUACGUCCUAAUUCUUUCUAUCUUUGGAAUCUAUUUUGCAAUCUAUAUAUAUGUAAUACAGGAGACCAAGAGAAUUAGAAAACAAUUGGGUGAUUUUAAUCCAAAUGAUAAAGAUGGAAGUGGAUCAAGAAAAGUAAAGAAAAAAAGACCAUUCUGGCAAAAAAUAGUAUAUGUUCCCUUUAUCAAAUUAUGGGAUUUAGUCAUGGGGUUCUUCUCAUUAUCAAUUGUUGAUCAAAUGAGUUCAGAUUCUGACAGUGACUCCAAAAGUCUUGGUAUGGAUUUCAUCAAGAAACCAUUACAGAAAAGAAAUACACAUGAUAAUGAAAAUAAUAAUAAUAACGAAAUUGGCCAAAAUAGUAAUAAACAUAACGUUGAUACAACAAGUGAUUCCUAUUCUUUGAAUGACCAAAUAACAUUCCCAGAUUCCAUUAGAAAUGAAUUUUCAGGAAGUAACAAUACUGCUGCAGAUAUUGAAAACUCACAUGAACAUGGUUCUGUUCCAACCACACCAUUUAGAUCUAAUCAUGAUAGUUACGAAAUGACAAAUAUGACACCACCAAAUGAUGCUAGAACGAAUUCAAACAGUGCAGACAAAGUCGAUUUGACAGACGUUAGAUUAAACUUCCAACGUGAAACUUAUAAUAAAAUGAAAAGAAGAAGAAUGCAAGUUCAAAAGAACUUACGUUUCAUUUUCAUUUAUCCGUUCUCAUAUUUGGUCAUUUGGUCAUUUCCUAUUGCAUCUGAUAUUUCACAAACAAGACAUGAAGUGGUCCAUGGUCCAAUAGUUUGGUUAACAUAUCUUGACACAUUUAUUAGACCAUUAAGUUGCUUAAUUCAUACGUUUGUGUUUAUCUUUAGAGAAAAACCGUGGAACCUUGCAUGGAAUGUCGUUGAAACUUCUUUUCUAUUUGAUGAAUAUAAAGGCAGAGGUAAAAUGACGGAAGAAAAAAUUAUGGCUCUCUGCAACAGUGAUUUAGGAAAACGUGGUUGGUUCUACAGAGGUAGAUGGUCAAAACUAGGCUGCUGGAAACAUCAACCACAAUUCUGGAAACGAGCCUUAUGGUAUAUCGGUAUAACAAUAAAAGGAAUAUUCCAAUUUAAAAUUGUUUACCAUGAUAACUGUAAUGAUUCCGAGUAUUGGAGCCGUUACUAUUUCGCCGAAGAUACAUCAAACAUCAUUACCACUAAUUCUCAUGGGAAUCAAGGCGAUAUGGAAAGUCCAAAUUCAAAACAUCCAACACGUCCAGAGACUGUAGUUUCAUUUUCAACUAAUACGUCAAAUGCUAUUAAUAACCACGAAUUUAACGAAGACAAAUUUACAAUCAACGUUCCAUGGUAUUGGAGAGUUCUCCAUUAUUUCCCUAUGUUGCACGGUAUUGAUCUGGAUGAAUUAAACAGAUCUUUAUAUCUGAACUACGAAAAUGAUACCGAACUGAUGGGACCUGGCUUCGAGCUAGCCUUAAAUAAACUUGCAAAGACCACCACUUCAAACACUUCAGAAAAUAGUCAAUCUCAAGACAAUAUGAGUGAAAAUCCAUUUAAUAAUAUUCCCACACACAACCUACCUGAAUCUUUUAAUCAUGAAUCUAAUAAUAGUAUUCAUUCAAUUAGUCAGGAUCCACGUAACAACCGUCCUUCAACAACUCUGCAUUUCGAUGAUUCAACAAAUUUUUCGACAUACCCUACAACGAGACGCAAACGUAGAGAUAGUCGUUACGAUCAAGAUAUUCUUGAACAAGAUGGCGACGGCAUGGAUAUAUUGACAUUCUUAAAAGGUCCAGGGGUUUAA